AUGGUCGCAAUUACACAGACAGACAGCCAGCCCGACGCUGUAGACGAGGAGGCGAAUUAUGUAAACGAGACUACAGCUCUCCUAGGGACCAGCAAGACCAAGUAUGCUGACGCGCGCACGUCAGACACACUGGACAGUUCGCCAGGGCCAGAUAGCGACAGUGACGACGAGGAAAAGCCCUUGCCCAAGUUGCAGAUUCUGCUACUCUGCUAUGCGCGCGUAGUCGAGCCCCUGGCCUUCUUCUCCAUCUUCCCCUAUGUCAGCCAAAUGGUACAGGACAACGGGGGCGUGGCAGACACGGACGUCGGCUUCUACAGCGGACUCAUCGAGUCAAUGUUCUCCCUAACGCAGGCUAUUGUCAUGAUAUUCUGGGGCCGAGCAGCCGACCACCUCGGACGCAAGCCCGUACUGGUAUCCUCCUUGUUCGGCGUGACCGUGGCUACAGGCCUUUUUGGUCUAGCAAAGACCAUACCGCAGAUGAUCAUGUUUAGAUGUCUUGCUGGAGUUUUUGCUGGGACCAUCGUCACCAUCCGCACAAUGGUGGCCGAGCACAGCACGCCCAGUACGCAGGCCCGGGCGUUCAGCUGGUUCGCCUUCAGUGGGAACUUGGGCAUCUUCCUGGGGCCUUUAUUGGGCGGUGCACUUGCUGACCCAGUACGACAGUACCCUGGAGUUUUCGGAAAUAUCGGCUUCUUCGAAAAAUAUCCCUACGUGCUUUCGAGCUUCGUGGUGGCGUUGAUCGGGGCCACCGCUGCUGUGUCUAGCGCCUGCUUUGUUGAAGAGACGUUGAAGAAGGAGCCGGUUGUCGUGGACCGCGAUGGCGGGGAGGCGACAUCCGAUGCGCUGACCGAGAGCGGUGACCUAUCGACAUUGCAGCUUCUCAAAUCCCCAGGGGUGGGUAUGGUCCUAUACACGUACGGCCAUAUCAUGGUCCUCGCCUUCGCUUACACGGCCAUCAUUCCUGUCUUUUGGUUCACCCCCGUAAACCUCGGAGGGUACGACUUUACCCCUCUGCAAAUUUCAUUGAUGAUGGGUCUAAACGGCGCCUCACAGGCUGCAUGGCUCCUCCUGGUGUUCCCUCCAUUGCAAAGGAAGAUAGGGUCGAACGGAGUGAUACGUCUCUGCGCUUUGGCUUAUCCGCUAUUCUUCCUACUCUGCCCUCUUGGCAACGUACUUUUGCGGGUGGACACAGAUGGAUCCGUUAAAGCCUUUUGGAUUCUCUUGCCGCUCGGGCUGGCGAUUGGAUGCGGAGUCAGCAUGAGCUUCACGGCGAUCCAGCUCGUUCUGAACGACGUCUCACCCUCGCCGAGGGUAUUAGGCACGCUGAACGCACUGGCCCUGACUGGUUCCAGUGCGCUGAGGGCCUUCUGUCCUGCCCUCUUUACCAGCCUCUUCGCUCUGGGGGCGAGAACACAGCUAGCUGGAGGCCAUGCGAUCUGGAUACUCCUGCUCAUGCUUGCUUCAGGGUUAUCUGUCACAGCAAAAUAUCUACCAGAGCCCCGGGCCACGGGCAAGCACCGGAACAGCCAGGCAAGGUGA